UAACGUUCCAUUGCGCCGCCCUCCUUUCAUGUUUCAUCCAAUCACGUUCCGAGUAUGGGGGUGGCCCCACCCACCCACUGAGCCCGGAGUUUGGUGAAUGAGCCGGGCAGCUCCUCCGCGAUGGCCGUGUUUCGGAUGGUGCUGACGGUUCCGGGGAGUUUGUGGCUUGACCUCCGGCGUGUCCCAGGGAUCAGGCGGCCUUGGGCUCGCCCGGUGCGGCUGUAGCUGGGCAGCCGGUCGGCUCGCUGAUGGCUCGGGACCCGUGUCGGGGCUACAUGGAGGCCGAUCCCGGAGUGGGGCUGCUCCUGCUGCUGUGGGCGCUGCUGGCGGAGGCGAGGGCGCGGUGGGCUCCCUGUGAUACUGGCAAGUUUAAGCUUCAAGUGGAUUUACCACCAGUGGAAGAGUUGACCUGUCCUGGACCUACCUGGGCACUUCCAGAAUUGGUAAUUCCGAGUCUGGCCAAAAUAUAUCCUGAACAGAAGGCUACUCAUGUGUGCAUGGACAAACAGAUUGUGUACAAUAUGCGAAUCCCAAACAGUGGCAUGCAUCGACCCAACUGGGCCGUGUAUGGAGAAUACUUGUUCGUCCCUGCUCAGCGCUGGGUACACAACCUGCAGUGUGGUGGGAUUGCCUUCCUUUAUCAUCCAUGUACACAUCCCAGCCUGAAGGAGGAACUGUCCUUGUUGGCCAGGGCUUGCGUGUAUAAGCACAUCAUCACUCCUCACCUCAACCUCACUCAGGAACGGCCCCUGGCCCUGGUUGCAUGGGGUAAAAGCCUAGAGAUGUCAGAGGUGAACCUUGCAGAAGCUGUUAGCUGGCUGAGGAAGAGUGUGAACAGGGCUUGUGACUCCCAGCUGAAAGAUGAUGGGCUGUACAAAUUUUUGCUGAUCCAGAAGGCAAAGCUGGUGUCGGAUAACAAUGACGGCAUUAUCUGUCCUGCAGAUCAAGUCCAGAAACUGCAACAUUACUUUAAGAAAAGGGAUCUUCAAUCAACAGCAACGAAAUGGAAUAAAGUUGGAGAUCGCACAAUGAGAUACCUGCCUAACAGGCAUGUAAUUUUGAGGAGGAGAAGAAAUGUUAAUCCCCAUGAACCUACCCCAAUCAGUAAACAGGUGGCAGUUUUGUCUAAGGCACUUGAGCAGAAAAACAAGAAAGAUGAGGAUUCUGCCACUAACUUUGUUGCAAAUCUGCAGGUUACAACACUACCUACUGGCCAUGCAGUGGUUACAAGGGAAUGGCUUCAGCAAACUGUAGUAACACUUACCGGGAAAUCUGAGAAUGGCCUGGUGAGGAGGACUAUUGCAAGUCAAGAGGUGAAGGGAAGCUAUGGAAUUGGAGGGAGACAGAACAGAAUGGGAAAUGAGUCCAAGUUUGCAAUUUCUGUGUUAAAAGACUCCAGCAAGACCCAUCCACAUACUUUUCAGAGCAACCGUACCUCUGACCUCUUGAAAACUGAUAACCAAGCUGCUAAUGAGCCAGAUUCUGAGCACUUUCAAAUGCACAACCUUUCACACUCUUCACUGAAUGUCCAAGUGAAAACUCAUUGGGCUAGUGAUCAACAAGGAGAAAUUGAAAAGGGUGGAAGGAUUACUGACAAAGCCAACCAAUUGGUUGGGACCUCUGCCUUUAAGGAACAGGGGACGGUGAAAAUCAUUGCUGAAACCUUGUCUGUUACAGACAGCAAGGGGCUCAAUGGGGAUAGAGGACAAGUAAAUAAUACUCUUGUAAGUGGGAAAAAUAUAGAACUAUAUAAAAAUGAUGGAAUGAAGCAAAAUGGGAAUUCUAAUAAAAGCUACACUGAAGAAGCGGAUAGUGAUAGACUGAUACCAAAAGGGGAGAUGGGGAUAAAUGUAACAUUGACUAUACAUGCUAGGGGUAACCACAAUGCCACAGCAACUGUGGAGUCUGGAAGCAUUAGAUGCAAAUGUGAUGGGGCAUUGCAGAAUGUCCAGGUUGACUCAAAAGGUGCAGAUUCAACUGAUUUAAAGGCAGCAAUCGUCAAGGCAACUGCUGAAGACAGGAUGAUAUACGUGCCCACUCCAAGGACAGAGGAGGCAGCCUGGGCAGCUGCAGCACUCACUUUUCUCUUUGUGUUCCUUACGCUGGCAGUGUUGUACACAAGGCUGUACAAAAAAUUCGUAAAGAGCGACAGUCUGUACUGGGCCCCUGUUCUGGCUGUCGAUGGGAAAGAAAAUGUAGCAGAUAUCAUAAAGAGAAGAAUCAUCAGGCUUGGCAAGAAGAGGAAAAAAAGGCCACUAUACAAGAAGAAAUCCAUUUCACCUUAUGCUGUCCUUCCAAGUGACAACAGCGACUGACUGUAACAAAACUGUUGAUUCGGUUUGCUGUUCUGUUCCAUGAAGUGACUUAAGUGCUCGGACCCAGCUGCCAUUAAGUAACUGCGAACAACUGCAGGGAGGGGGGACCCCUCCCUGGAAAAUCAAACUGCAAUGCUGGUGGGGAUGGGGGAGUGGAGAAGAGAGAAAGUAGUUUGAAAAUUAUAUCUUGUGUGAUACAAGAUACUUUGUUCGAUUUAAAUCAUGCAUAAUGUCAGGGGGUUUAUUCUGGUGCACUCUACAGUUGUGCUUCAUAGUUUUCAUUUGUGCCUUCAGGACUGGAGUAAAAUCUCAACUUUUAAGUAAUUGAUGUAGAGUUAAAAAUACCCAUGUGAAUAUUUUAAUAGUGAUAUAAACCAAAGCCUUUUGUUGUAUGUGGCAUACAUCAAAUUGCACUGUGUCAGAGUAAUUUUGCAGUUUAUUCCCUUGUAUGGUUUAAAUUAUCCAUUGUUGAGAUUUUAAAACAGGAGCAUUUGGGCCAUGUCAUCAGAUGUGGUAUCAAAUAGUGCACUCAUUUAUUUGAUCUUAAAACUGGUUUGUGUGGGAUCAGGUGGGGCAAGGUGUAUAAACUGGUUUCUUUGUUGCAGACUAUCUAAUUCUGCAGGCUGUGAAUACAGUUGUAUCCUCAGGUUAUCGCAGAAUCAAGUCUCGCUUGUUCCAGCAAAUGACAAUCAGGAUAAGGUUUCUCAGUUUAAGUAAUUCAUUAGGAAAAUCAUUAGCUAGGAAAACAAUUGCAGAAGCAAUCAUUGAUACUUGCAAUAAUGUAAAAGAUCUUGUGAACUAGGCUUCGGCUUCAAACUUGAGCCAAAUGCACCAUCAUUCUUAUCCGGGUUUUCAGAUGAAAGUGAAUCCUCCAGAUCCUUAAAUUCAUGGUAUAAUUUUAGAAGGAAAUGAAAUCAUCUUUGCCUAAAUUACUGCAAGUGGCAUUAGAUUGGUGAUCAAGAAUUAAUGAUUUACAUUGGUGAUAAAUUCCAUCUCAGAACUGGUUGCAAUGAAAUCAGUUCAAAACAAUGAUCUUGAAACCUUGAAAUUAAAGUGAUUUCAUCUCCUCCCCAACAUCUUCUGUUACAGUUAGUUUCAAGCCAAAAUUUGUAACUUGUGGGGUGCAUGCAAGGACCAAGCUCCUUACCAUGCACAAGUGGUGCCAUUAAUUGAUGAGGGUUACUCUGGCUGCAAACUGCAUGUAGAUUGAAGCAGUUUUGAGUUUGUACAUAAAAAAUCCAGACUAAAAGCUGCAGUGGAGCAGGAGAAAUUUUACCACAGGUCUAUUAGAAUAAGAUGCAGACCAAUAGGGUGAUAUAUUUAAUACAAUAAUAUUUGUUAUAAUGCAAAUGUCAGUAAUAAAAAGUCUUAUUUGUAAAUAGUGCUUACGAAGCAAAUUUAAAUGAUCAAUGAUUUCUCAUGUUAAUUUGCUACAGAGAUGAUCCAGUUUCAGCUGCAGCCAAUGUAACUACCAGGUUAGAAUGGUGCAUAUCGAAUAGUAGUUAAAGGUUUUAAACAAAUCUGCAGGUUGCUGUUAUCUUGAAUAUAAAUUUAUCUGAAGUGAGUGGAAUUUAUCUUCUGCAACAGAAAACUAAAUAGAGAGACAGAGAAUGGAUAGGGAAAGUGAUUCUUCCCUUCGAUCUGUCUAGAUAGCAGCUUUAUCGCUUGGGAAUUUUUAAUGCUAAGCUAUAACACCCCAGGAGUAGUAAUUUACAAAACUUGUGUAAUUUCGUAUCAGAACUGAUGCUAUUCUUAGUGACCAAUGGGGAAAAUAUUUUCAAAUGUUUAUGAUCAUAACUAUGAUUUUAUUUCUUAAAAUUAAAAUUUUAGAAUUUA